AUGACGAAAUAUUAUCCUUAUGGUGUGUCUCUUAGUAAAGGACAAUUGGAAAAGCUUUCGAGAGCUUAUAAUAAUAACUCAGCAAUAACGAUCAGAUUAGCCAGAAAUGAGUUAUCCGGCCCACAUGAAUUAAUGCUCACAAAAUCUCAGAUCAAUAAAUUGAAAAAGGCAAUGAACCAGGGUACAGGAUCGGAUAUCAAGAUAUCAAAAACACAAAUCAGAAAGGCUGUUAGACAGGGCGGUAGUUUUUUGUGGGGAUCAUUAAUCAGUUUAGGAAGCAAGUUACUACCUAUGGCAAUGCCAUGA